GGGAAAAUACCAACCUCAACCUAAUUUGUGUGACGUCAACUGUAGUUCGACGUGAACUUCCUAGUUUUGACUUUAUAUCAACAAGAGUUCAGUUCACGCGACGUGGAUCUGAAGAAGUAACACUGAAAACUCUGCCGCCAUUGUUUCUUCCUCUUCUUCGUGUUAAAUAAAAACAUGACUUUUAUCGGACUUCUUCUCGCGACGCUUCUGGUUCCGGUCGGUUGGCUGCUCGUGACCGCGGAAGAGGCUGCUGGGAACGGACCCGGACCCACCGGCAAUGGACCCGAAACCACCGGAACCGCGGGACCCCGACCGGUGGUUACGACGAACUCCAGCGGGCUGAACUCCACACGCGGCGGGAAGAUGUUGGGCGGCCUCGACGUGGACAGCUCGAUGAUCCAGAGGGCCCUGUACGUCCUCAUCGGCGUCACCGCCAUCGGGCUCCUCUACUUCCUCAUCCGGGCUGUGCGUCUGAAGCGACCAGCCAACAAGAAGAAGUACGGUCUGCUGUCCAACUACGAGGACUCGGUGGAGAUGGAGGCGGUGGAGAGCGAGGAGGAUGACACGCUGUACGAAGCUCGCAGCCUGCGCAGAUGAGUCGUCUUCAGCGGACCAAUCAGACGAGUGGUGUGUUUACGGUCACGUGAUGUUGAUUAUGGAUCGAUGAAGACAGUUGGAGGAGGAAGACGAGGACCAAACAGUUAUUGAUGAUUAAUGCCAAAGCUGCUCGAGGACCCCGAGCAGGAUAAUCUUUAUGUUUGUUAAGGUGGUAUUAGAGAUAGAAGAGAGCAGACGGUUUAUUAUUAUUAUUUCAAUGAAUUCUUCUUCUUCUUGUUUUCCAUCGGGAACUUUUGUUCUGUGCUUUAACUUCUGCAAACUGACUCCAGACCAGCUGAGGUCUGGACCUCUGGACCUGGUUCUGUUGAAGGGUUCUGGUUCAUCACAUUCCAUGUAGACCAGUGAUGAUGUCAUCACGUGAUGAUGUCAUCCAGCAAUAAAGCACCAAAGUGAGCCAUUAUGAGAAAAAGAGCUGGGCUUCAUGUAGAAACUCUUUCUUCUUCUUCUUCACAUGUUUUAGUCUCAUUUCUACGUCGACGGUGAAGAAGAAGGGUGAGAUCAGAGAUCAGUGAAACCUCAACACAAAGGAAACACUUUAAAUUCCUGUUCAUCGUUGAUCGGUUGGAUUUGUGCGUCUGAUCAUCGAUGAAUAAAUUCCAUAAAUGUUUUUUUACAAGAAGAAAAACAAAACAAAAACGAUCCUGAAAUCUAAAAACACAAUUUAAGAGACGUACAAAAAUAAAACGGCUGAAAUACAAAUGUUGCAGAUUUCAGGAGUUUUAAUGUGAAAGACGAAUAAAAUGAGAUCCACAACAUGAAGUUUUCAUAAAAUAACAGCAGCUGAUUGGUCUUAAGGUCCCAAAGUAUUCCGUUGUACUUUGUUGUACUUUGUAGUACUUCCAGCGCUGCUUGUUGUCGGUCUCUCCGUUCUUCUCGUCUCUAGAUAAAGAAAGUCGAGCUUCAGAGAUCAGAACUCUGUGUUUACUUUGAAUGAACCAGAAUGUUUCUUUAAGUUCUUUAAUCCAUCAGAAGAUUAAUAUUUAAUAUUAUACAAUUACACAGAAUACUGAGAGCAGAAUCAGCUGUUUUUAUUUUACGGUGAAUCUUUGGAUUUAAUGUUUGCAGAGAACGUUUGGUACAAAAGUAAAAGUGUUUGAAAAUAAACAAAGUAUUUAUAUAUAUAUAUAUUUGAUGUAUUUUUCAUGUUGUAUUCUUGCCUUUAAAAACCGACUCCGGUUAUAACCGGCUCACUGAUGGCAUGUUGAGAACCAUAAAGAGACAAUUGAAACACUUCGUAAGUAAAAGUCUAUAAAUUAAAAAUCUGAAUUAUUUCCAUAUUGAUUUCAGGAGACUUCUUGUAAAGAUCCAGGAAAUGGUUUUAAAAUAUGAAUCCAUAAAAUAAGAGACUUCAACUUCUGUGAUAUAUUUCAGUGGUUUGAAUAGAAACUGGUAAAAACAAACUGAUGUCGGGCGAUAAGAAGACAGACUUAUCUGUGACCAGUGUAGCAUUAAAGCAUGGUGGAGUUACAUGCUUUAAUGCUACACCUAGCUAGCUAAUUCCACCAUGCUUUAAUGCUACACCUAGCUAGCUAGCUAACUCCACCAUGCUGUAAUGGUACACUGGUCACAGAUAUUUAGCACUUCUGUUAGCGACGUUUCCUUCUCUGUGACCAGAGAGAGAUGAUGAAAGAGAGAGAGACAGGGAAAAAAUGUAAACUUUUCUUUUUUUUUGCUGCACAUUAUUUAUUUUGUAUUAGUUUGGUAUUAAAGAACUCGAUGGUUUAGGUCUGACAGGGUCAGAACCGCCUGGCUCUGAUUGGCUGAUCGUAAUUUUGCCUGCAGCUCUCAUUGGUCGACUGCUUUUUUAAACCGAGACGCUACAUAAUACGGAUCAGUCGACUCACUCAGUGAAGUGGAUCGAUUCAAAGGUCUGGACCCAAACAAACAUCAGAGACCAGUGGAGUUUUAUUUUGAAGUUCAGAACAACAGGACGUUCCUACAGAUAUUUUCAGUCUAGAUUAUCAGCACAUGAUUACUAAUUCACUGUAGUUAUUGAAGCUGAUUAAUAAGUAACUUCACACAUUUGUUUCCAACAUUAAUAAACAAAAACAUUACAGAACUGAAACAGGACAUUAGUUUAUGAUUAAUUUAUUAUGAAUUAUUCCAUUUUCUCUGUUAAAUAAAUGUAUGUUUAACAUCUAAAUCUUCUUCAUGUUAAUCUUUAAGUAAACUUCUGAAUUUUAUAUAAAAGUCACAUUAAACUUC